AUGAACAACAAAUUUGACGCCCUGAAAGAUGAUGACAGCGGCGACCAGGACCAAGGCUCACCGAAAGAUGGCGAGAAGGUAAAAGCUGAAGAUGAUGACAAGGAGCAAAACACCAUGAGGAAAAAGGUGGUCAUUCCAGGGGCAGGUGAGCACCCUCUUCAGUACAACUACACAUUUUGGUACUCGAGGCGGAACCCAGGGAGGCCGGCCAGCACUCAGAGCUAUGAGCAGAACAUCAAACAGAUCGGCAGCUUCGCCUCGGUAGAGCAAUUCUGGCGGUUUUACAGUCACAUGAUCCGACCCGGUGACCUAACGGGCCACAGUGACUUCCAUCUUUUCAAAGAAGGCAUCAAACCAAUGUGGGAGGAUGAUGCCAACAAGAUGGGUGGAAAAUGGAUCAUCCGUCUGAGGAAAGGCCUAGCGUCGCGGUGCUGGGAGAACCUGAUCCUGGCCAUGCUGGGCGAGCAGUUCAUGGUCGGCGAAGAGAUUUGCGGCGCCGUGGUUUCGGUUCGGUUCCAGGAGGACAUCAUUUCCAUCUGGAACAAAACGGCGAGUGACCAGGCCACCACGGCCCGCAUUCGAGACACUUUGCGACGAGUCCUCAACCUGCCCCCCAAUACCAUCAUGGAGUACAAGACACACACAGACAGCAUUAAAGCCUGGGAAGACUUCCAUGGUCUGGUGAAUGCUAGCGGCGGACGUUAG